CCCUUUCUAUUGUUUCUUCUGACUUGCAUCCUUGCAUCCCCAUGCAAAGGUAACAUGGCCUUCAUGUGCUGAAGGGGAAAAAUGGCAGGAGGGUCUCUUUCCAACUAUAAUGGGGGGGAAAUACCUCAGCUUCCUCUGGGCUCAGCAGCACAACUCAUUUCUGUGAGAAAUGGUGGGCCUUUCCAGUCCCCCUCCUACUACAUUCAUUCGUUGUCUAUUCCUGCAGUCAAUCUGAUUCACAUAACGUGGGAAAGGGAGAGCCUUUCUUCAAGACAAGGACCAUCAGGAAACGACCAUGGAAAGUGAGGCUGACCUCAUGGAUGGAUUAAAGGGCUCACAGUCUUAGUUGUCACACAAGGAGAUUAGAUAAAGAUUGAAGUACCAAAGUAUAUGGAUAACCUCUGGAUUUCGAAGAAGCAAUAGAGAAUGCUGAAAGCAAUUUGGGACGACAAAGAGGUACAAAAACAGCUUAGCUUUGUAUAAUUGGUCUGCAAUUUGAAAAAAGUGUUUUGAAGGAUUGAAAAAGCAGAGAAUGUUGAAAGCAAUUUGGGGGGAAAAAGAGUUAUUAAGACAGCUUAGCCCGCCU